UCACGGUAUUUAAGGUUGUGGAGAGUGAGCAGAUGGGGAAUAAUAGUGUGUGCUUCUGGGUCUGAUCAAAACUCAUGUUCGAACCAUAUUGGUACCGAGAGGGAGAAAUCUGGUGUGUCUUUUAAUACAUUUGAUGGGGUGGAAUCGUUUCAUGGUAAAUCGGGUUCUAUUUCCUUCCAUGGGCUAUCACAUUCUCACCAGCUAGUGGAAAAAAGCACAUUGAAGUCGGCUCCUUUACAAGAAGGAAAAGGAUCCUUCCUCUGGGUUUUGGGACCUAUUGCAUUGAUUUCUUCAUUGAUCCUUCCACAGUUUUUCUUUAGCUAUGCAAUUGAGGCAUUUUUCAAGGACGAGACACUCGUUGAAAUUGUGUCCUCAUUUUCCUUUGAAGUGCUAUUCUAUAUUGGUCUCGGGGUGUUCUUUCUGGUGACUGAUUAUGUUCAAAGGCCCUAUUUGCAAUUCAGUCCCAAGAGGUGGGGUCUCAUUACAGGACUCAAGGGUUACCUAUCAUCCUAUCUCGUCGCAACAGGUUUAAAGGUAGUUACUCCUCUUGUUGCAGCCUUUGUAACUUGGCCAGUGCUCGGUUUCCAAGCCCUGGUUGCAGUGGCUCCUUUCCUGGUAGGCUGUGCUGCUCAACAUGUAUUUGAGACUGUUCUUGAUAAGUGUCAGUCAUCUUGUUGGCCCCUGGUUCCUAUCAUUUUUGAGGUGUAUAGAUUGUAUCAGUUGACCAGAGCUAUUCAAUUCAUUCAGAACUUCAUGUCCUCGAUGAAAGACUCCCUGAGAACUCCGGAGAUGUUCAAGCGAGGCGGUGCAACUGUUGGGAUGGUGGUAACUUUCCAAGUCCUAGCUGUGGUUUGCCUUUGGUCGUUGAUGACAUUUCUCCAACGGCUUUUUCCUUCUAGACCGGUUGCAGAGAACUAUUGAUGAUUGCAGGGUGAUAUACAAUCCAUGGUUCUUUCUUGGUUUUUAAAUUUGAAUCUUCAAAUUACACCCAUUGGAUAUCUAUGAAGCUCCAGGACCCAAGGCAUGUUCAUAUGUAGUACAUAAUAGGAGAAAUUGAGGGGUAUUAUUUACUUGU